AUGCCGUACUAUAGCGAUCCGUCUGUCAAGUACAAAAAGUUCAUCAAUCCAGUUAAAUUACAGGAUAGACAAUGGCCAUCUAAGUCCCUCCACAAAGCCCCUCGUUGGUUAGCAACGGAUUUAAGGGAUGGUAAUCAGGCAUUGCCAGAUCCGAUGUCCCUAGAGGAAAAGAAGUUGAUGUUGGGUAAAUUAUGUGAUAUGGGUUUUAAAGAAAUCGAAGUUUCAUUCCCCAGUGCAUCGGGUGUCGAUUUCCAAUUCACACAAUAUGCCGUCAAGACUGUUCCCGAUGAUGUGUAUGUGCAAGUUUUAUCACCUUGUCGUGAGGAACUGAUUUACAAGACGGUAGAAUCCCUCAAAGGUGCUAAAAAUGCAAUCGUACACUUAUAUUUGGCGACAUCUACAUGUUUUCGGCAAAUAGUGUUUAACAAUAUGUCACAAGAGGAAGCCAAAGAGAAGGCUGUUAAGUGUACAAAAUUGGUUAGAUCACUAACGAAGGAUAAUCCUGAUGCACAAUUCACUAAUUGGUCCUAUGAAUUUUCACCUGAGACCUUUUCUGAUAGUGAUCCUGAAUUUGUAAUUGAAAUUUGUGAAGCCGUUAAGGAAGCAUGGAGUCCAUCGAGGGAAAAUCCUAUAGUAUUUAAUUUGCCAGCGACUGUGGAAAUGGCAACACCCAAUGUUUAUGCUGACCAGAUUGAAUAUUUUUGCAGGAACAUCUCUAAACGUGAUACUGUAUGUGUUUCGUUACACCCCCAUAAUGAUAGAGGUUGUGCCGUGGCCGCGGCAGAAUUGGCUCAGCUUGCAGGUGCUGAUCGUGUUGAAGGUUGUCUCUUUGGCAACGGUGAGCGUACAGGUAAUGUAGAUUUGGUUACACUGGCACUUAAUCUUUAUACACAAGGAAUUUCACCAAAUUUAGAUUUCCAUGAUAUGGCUUCUAUCAUCGAUGUUGUGGAAAAAUGUACUAAAUUACCAGUACACCCCAGAGCUCCAUAUGGUGGGCAAUUAGUCGUCUGCGCAUUUAGCGGAUCUCAUCAAGACGCUAUUAAGAAAGGAUUUCAAAGAUACGAUGCACAAAUGGAGACAAUACCACAAGGUACUGUGGUCCCAUGGCAAUUACCAUAUCUACCGCUCGAUCCACAGGAUAUUGGUAGGACUUAUGAAGCGAUUAUUAGGGUUAAUUCACAAUCAGGUAAGGGCGGUGCAUCAUGGGUUAUUCUCAAAAACAUGCAGUUAGACUUACCUCGUGGUUUACAAGUUGCCUUCUCUAGAGUUGCACAAGCUGAAACUGAAGCAAUCGGUAGAGAAUUACAAUCUAGGCAAUUGUGCAAAUUAUUUGCAACCACCUAUUUUGUGGACGUCGAGGGGAACUUUGGAUUAGUGGAUUACGAAUUUGCAAGAAAUAAGGGUUCGUGCUUUCUCAAAGUGUUUUUAUCUGUUAAAGGUGAUCCACAAGUAAAAGAACUAUCAGGUGAAGGUAAUGGUCCAAUUUCAUGUUUCAUCAGUGCUAUAAAUUCCAAAUUGCAUUUAAAAUUGGAUGUGCAAGACUAUCAUGAACACUCUCUUGGUAAAGAUUCGAAUUCUAAAGCUGCUACUUAUAUUUCAGUAUCGACAACUGGUGAUAAUCCGCACGUCCAAUGGGGGGUUGGUAUUCACGAGGACGUUACACAAGCUUCCUUUUUGUCUCUAAUUUCAUGUUUAAACUCGUUGAGUCGUGACAAUUGUAUAUAA